AUUCGUUCAUGAAUUGGACAUCACUGAAAAGAAACAGAAAGGGAGGGAGCAGCUGCUGACACGAGAGAGAGAGAGAGAGAGCGAGAGAGAGAGAGAGAGAGAGAGAGAGAUGAACAAGGAAUGUGCCACUAAUAAGAAACCGGAGCGUCGUUGAGGACGCAAGAGAGGAGGGCAAAAGAGGGAACGGCUGAAGAAAAACGACCAGAAAUGCGUUAAAAAGUAGCGAAGGGGGGAGAAAAGGGGCAAUACACAGCAAACACGUGAAUGGAAGGAUUAUAAUCCACCGUUGGAGGGAUUUUGACGCUCCCCAUGAGGAGAUUUGAACCAUGCAGGGACUGCUGCUGCUUCUGAGUUUGGCGUUGAGUUUCCACAGAGUGCGGACGGCGCGGUUCUCUCAGGAGCCUGCAGACCAGUCAGUGGUUUUGGGCCAGAGGGUGGUCCUGUCCUGCGUAGUCUUCAACUAUUCAGGCAUUGUGCAGUGGACCAAGGAUGGAUUGGCCUUAGGCAUUGGAGAAGACCUCCGGGCCUGGCCCCGGUAUCGUGUGCUAAGGCUGGUGGAUGUUGGGCAGUAUAAUCUGGAGAUCUCGGCUGCUGAACUCUCAGAUGACUCUCUCUACGAGUGCCAGGCGACGGAGGCUGCUCUGCGCUCCCGACGGGCCAAACUCACCGUCCUCAUUCCUCCCGAUGACCCGGUGAUUGAGGGGGCCCCGGAGAUCCUCCUCACAGCAGGGGUUCCCUACAACAUGAGCUGCGUGUCCCGUGGAGCCAAACCUGCCUCCGUCAUAGAGUGGCAGAAAGACGGUCUGCCGAUAGAAGGGGCCGUCAGCACCACGGAGGUGCUUCUAGAUAGGAAACGCGUGACCACACGCAGCUACCUGCCCGUUCUACCAGUAGAUACAGACACCGGGAAGAACUUCACCUGUGUGGCUACUAACCUGGCCGUGCCGAUGGGCAAACGGGCCACUAUCACCCUCAACGUACACCACCCACCAGUGGUGACGUUAUCCAUUGAGCCUCGCUCUGUACUGGAAGGAGAAAGAGUGACCUUCACCUGCCAAGCUACUGCCAACCCACCUAUUAUGGGUUAUAAGUGGGCAAAAGGAGGUGUGGUCAUACAGGGGGCGAGAGAGAGUGUUUUUGUCACCAAGGCUGAUCACUCUUUCUUCACCGAGCCUGUGUCCUGCCAGGUAUUCAAUGCUGUGGGCAGCACAAACGUCAGUAUACUCGUCGAUGUCCACUUUGGCCCUAUCCUGGUUGUAGAGCCUAAACCAGUAACGGUCGACGUAGACUCGGACGUCACUUUAAAUUGCAAGUGGGCAGGAAAUCCUCCUCUCACACUAACCUGGACAAAAAAGGGUUCCAGCAUGGUUUUGAGUAAUAAUAACCAGCUCUAUCUGAAGUCAGUAAGCCAGGAUGAUGCUGGUCAAUACGUGUGUAAGGCCAUCGUGCCUAGGAUUGGAGUGGGCGAGACGGAGGUCACACUCACCGUCAACGGUCCACCCAUCAUCUCAAGUGAACCGGUCCAGUAUGCAGUUCGAGGGGAGAAAGGGGAAGUCAAGUGUUAUAUUGCCAGCACCCCUCCCCCGGACAAGAUUGUGUGGGCAUGGAAGGAGAAUGUAUGGGAAAAAGAGAAGGGGACCCUAUCAGAACGAUACACGGUAGAACAGAGCAAACUGACCUCACAGGGUGGUGCAGUGCUGUCCACCCUCACCAUAAACAACGUUAUGGAGUCAGACUUCCAGUCUACUUACAACUGCACUGCGUGGAAUUCAUUCGGACCGGGGACUAUGAUCAUCAUACUGGACGAGACUGAAAUAGUUCCAGUCGGGAUCAUUGCGGGUGGCACCGUCGGCUGUUCGAUUCUGCUUCUCCUGUGUUUACUAGUGUUAGUGCUGUUUUUGUACCGGCAACGCAAAGGAAGUCGUCGAGGGGUCACGCUCGGCAAGCCAGAUAUCAAGGUAGAGACCAUAAACAAGGAGACCCACAGCCUGGAGGAAGACUCUGGUAGCGUCUCCACGGCAACACGCAUGGUUAAGGCCAUGUACUCUUUUUUACCUUCUGUGACCCUCUCUCCCUCCUCCCAGCCUUUUAAAGAUGACAUUGACCUCAAACAGGAGUUACGCAGUGACACGCUGGACACGCGCCAAGACUACGAGCUCAAGGACCCAACAAACGGCUACUACAACGUGCGAGCUUCCACCCAUGAUGAGGGACGUCCAGCCUCCCGAUCCAUGCACUACUCAGACUAUCGCACCUCCGGCCAGCCAGGGGGCGCUGCAGCCGUAGUCAGCAGUAGCUCAGGAGCUCCUGGAGCUACGGCAGGUCCGGGAACACCGAGCAGCUUGGCUCCGGGGUCACGAGCGGGCUGCUACGACCCUCGUCCUCCCUCUAGACUCUCGCACAACAGCUACGCCCAAUUCAACACGUUCACCCGCGCUGGGCAGUCCCAGCAGCCUCCACCCAGUUCUGGCCCACAGACUAGCGACUUCCCUGCUGAAUGCAGCCUCUUGGACUCUACCGCUCAGCUCGGAUACGAAAAUUAUGGCUACCCGUCGCACUAUCCGGCAUUUCGGAUGGGUUUUGCUCCGCCUAGCCUCGCCCCGUUAGAAGGAGGCCCGGCUUAUGAGAUGUACGGGGUCGGGCCGAGUGUCGGCGCAGGAGGCGGUACCGGAACUCCAGAGACUGGACUUGGAAAAUAUGGCAGUUCCACACGAUUCUCAUACACCUCCCAGCAUUCCGACUAUUCCCACCGACACACACAGAGGAUGCAGACACACGUGUAAGAGAGAAGCAUCACAUGUACGUAACGCAGGUUACGCUGAUGUUAUGCCGAUAUCGGCCAUAUAAAUACACACACUCACACAGAUACACAUGAACCACAGAUAAACACGGAGGGUGAACGAACAAAGAGAAGCUCGAAGUAAGCAGAGGCCGAGAAAAGAGAAAGAGAUGCAGGGCAGGAGAGUCUUAAUGUUUAUUUCUCAGCUGCAGGAGCUGAAAGCGAAAGUCACAAUCAAGAAAGACUGAUCUUUAGAAAAGAUCUAAUAAAAGAUCAAUAAAUUCUGAAUGCUUUUAAUAAGCAUGAUCACAAAGGUGAUUCCUGAGAAAUGAAGGGUGCCUCUUAUAGGCUUAUAGUCUUUUAACGGUGGUCUCUCACAGAGAUGGUCAUAUAUGAGACACAUGAAUGAAUUCUCUUCAAUGGCUUCUUCAACUUCUCUAAGUUUAGUAUAGUUUAAAAUGACAUUUAAUGGCAAAAUGCACAAUGUACAAUAAGGUCCAAAAGUCUGAGAUUUUUCAGGAUAUAAAAAUUUAAAUAACACAAUAAAUUUAAACCAGGAAAAGCUAAAGCAGCUGAAAUAUUUAAGGUUCUACACUAUUUCUAGGUCACUAAUCAAAUACAAGUCCAUUUUAAUCAUGUGAAAACUAUUUUAUUUCUUCCAUUAAUGGCCAAGAUGCUCUUGGAUCAUCUGUAGGCCCAUAAAGAGUCUGGAGGUGCUUUGGAAAUAAAUCUGUAUAAUUGAUUUAAAUAUGGUAAUAAUGUGUUUACCAUAUUUAAAGCCAUUAAAGCAGGAGACCUCGAUAUGACUUAAUUUGAUUUAAAAUGAGACUAAACAAGCAUUAAAAUAAAAUAAUACUUAAGUUAAAACUCUUAAGAAUAAAGAUAUUUCUUUUUAUUUUAAGUAACCCCCUCAACAUCUUUUUUUUUUUCUUUGAAGAUUCUACUGCCUUGAAAAACAUGGACAUGCAUAGUCAUUUUUAAAAUUGUGAUUUCUAGACCUGAAAAAACUCCAUGACCAUUUUUAUAAUGAAUAUACAAUUUUUCUAGUUAUGCCAAGCUCUAAAAUCUAUAUUUUUUAAAUCCUUCUCCAGUAAUUCAUAAAAAAAAAAAAAUCAUAGGGCCUUUUAGGGCAUAUUGUUGUGGACGAUGAGGGUGGUUAUAAUCAAAAAGGCUGCAUUAAAGUAAUACUACACUCUUAUUGGUAGCUGAAAGCAUGAAUCAAAUUCACCAGUAUAUUUAAUAAUCAAACACAUAAUGGGCGAGAGAUGUGUAGAACUAUUUUUUACUCAAAAUUGUGAAAAAAUGAUACAUAUUAGAGAAGACUUUUAGACCCCACUGUACACAAAUGCCAGUGUCACAAAAUAUCUUUAAAUAUUAUUUUUCCAUUUAUUCUCAAAUAAAACCUGCGUUUGACAAAUGAGAUGAAGAGCACACGAUACUCAUCCAAUACUCUUGAUCACCAAAGCAACGUUUUUUGAGUCUAGAUGACUAUUACUCUGGCUAUCCAGCUUGCUGAGCUACCUCGAUAAACAGGUUAGGAGCCUUCCAGUGCAGCGACCAACUCGCAUUAAGGUCCAUCUCCAUUUAAAAAGCACUUUUGAGCAUUUGCAAUAAAACACAUUACCCUUUAAAUUUCAACAUCGUGACGGAGACCAGUUGAGGAAGCCAUUGAACCGUUUUCAGACAUGGCGACAGCCAUUUAUUUCACUAUCGUACAAAUAGUUCAGAACCAUGGAAUAUAUAUAAAUCUAUAUACAUAUUCAUAUACAGGAAUGCCCCACUCUUUUCCAUGGUGCUUAUGUAGUGGGGUCAUUGUUUGCACUGCAUUCCAGUAUUCUAGCUUAGAUUACCCUCAUAAUCGAUAUGUAAUCUCUCAUUUGCACACUAGGCUAGAGCGUUUUUUUUUUUCCUCUAUAUUUUGAAUAUUACCGAAAAUCUUCUUUUUUUGUCAUAUUUCUGUAAGUGAUUCUGGACCAAAGGUUCAACGUUAGAGUAUCAGUCUUUAUUUGGGUGAUAUUCACCUCAACGAACAAGAAAAUAUGCAGAUUUGUUUGUUAUCGUUGUUUGCGAAAUUAUUCGGUCGCUAGUGACCCACGGCUUUUUUUUUUUUUUUGAGGGUUGGGAACAGCAGAGAAGGUCUUAAACUGAUCCAGCCUUAGGUAUUCAAUCUCACCCUUACUGAUCUGAGAUCAGGCUGCUAUCACAUUCGUCUUAAAAAUGACAAAGAUCAAUUUGGAAGUAAUUUAAGGUCAGAAGUCGGGAGUGGUUUUUUUAAUGUCUCGCGCCCCAGACUUUGAUGUGAAGCUUGAGAUCGGAGAGUCUUUCACUCACUUAUUCACACAGACACACACCUGAUAUUUGUGCCAAACACAGACAAGUUAACUUGAAGUAUUUUCCGCCAAUUACGAAAAACUACCUUACGGGGACCAGAGAUGGUCUUUGGCUUUGAACUGUCUUCAACGGGUUUUGAAGGAUGCCGUUGUCAGAGCAAUGAUGGAUGAGGAUGAAACAAACACGAGGAUGAAGACAAUCCCUCGGAACAGUGAGAUAUUCUCUGCGACUAGUUUUCGUCUUCGUCCGCAUUUCAAACGAGCCCUGUAAAUACUUCCCAUGUGUAAUUCCGACUUCAAGUAUUAUUUUACAUCAUCCGAUGUGAUGCACUCUUUAAAUGCAGUAUUGUCAUGUUUCUAAUUGCGUGAAGAAGGUUGACAAACACCAUAGCGAUGGUACUUUCUGAUACGGUACAAAGCGGACGAUGAGUAGCUUGGUUGGAGCCAGUACGAUGCCAAGAGUGUUCAGGAGGAUCCGGUGCCAAUCACUCAUCCUUUGUACUGAUGGCCUGGGGAAAAUUUUGUGGGACAUGUGACCCACUGGACAGUAUUUGCAUUCCCCGCCCCAUCCAAGAACUUGAAGCUCCAUGAAGAUGAGAAAGAAGGAAUAUAUGAAGGAGUGAACAAAAUAAAGAGUGGCCUUAGGAAAACAUGACUUUUAUAUUCCCUCACUUUAUAAACCGGCUUAAGGCCAGAGGAGUGUGUGCAGAUGAAGGUAUGCGUGUUUUUGUGUGUGCGAUUGAGUGCGAGUAUAUGAAAAUCUUUAUGUAAUCCGUUCAUUUACUUCUCUCACGUUUCUGCUCCAAUACUUUUCUUCUGCUGGUAGGAGUGUAUCCUGUAUAAUUGUGUCUUAGAAAAUAAACGUUGACCUUACUGUACUGUUCUUGGUAGCUGAAAAAUGUUUGACAGAUGUACAACAAAAGUUAUUGAUUUUUUUUUUAUUUCCCUUUGAUUUUUUCCAAUAUUUUUUAAAAAUGUUACGUAAUUAUUUUUUCACAGUAUAUCAGAAAUAAAAGCACUGUUUUUCUAAGAAUCAA